AUGUGUUCCCCAGGUCAAUCUCAUAUUCAGAAACAAGAAUGUCCAGUACCUGUCAUACCCACAAACUCUGGGACGCUGGUCAUCCAGUUUCAGCCAUCAGAACAAACGGCACCAGCUGAAAGAGGGACAAAUGCUCCAGUGACUGUUCAUGUCCCACAGGCAGCUUCAUUUCCUCAAGGACUUGAGGCAUUUCUGAAAGGACAACCAAAAGCUCUUGGAAUUGUCCAGAUAAUGAUCGGCCUGCUGACACUCCUGUUUGAAAUUGUGUCUACUGUCCAUGCAGAAUCCAACUUUGUCUUCGGUGGAAUUCCUUACUGGGAUUCUCUCGUUUACAUUAUCACAGGAUCAUUGAGCAUUGCUGCAGAAAAUGUACUCCAUGUCAAAGGACCCUCCAGUCUGUGUUUGGUGAAAGCUUCACUUGGAAUGAGCAUCAUAAGUGCUAUAACUGCAGGCAUUUCCAUUAUGGUUUUAUUGCGGUCGGUUUUAAGACCAGUGAACCUUGACGAAUCGUAUUGCACGUAUAAGGCCCUCUUACAGGGGUUCAGUGGUGUCUCCAUUGUAUUCACUCUCCUUGAGUUCAUCAUCUCCAUCUGUCUGUCAGUAUUUGCCUGUAAAGCCAACGCCUGCUGUUCUUCUCAGGUGCUGAAUGUUCAUCAAGUUGUAAUUCCACAGCCCUAUCAGUCACAUGAUCUUAACCAGUCAGAGAUUCCUCUGGCCAGCGUCUCUUCCAUGCCUCACCAUCCUGAAGAAAAUCCCCCACAAUACAGUGAAUGUUCUGCUCCUAAAUAUUAAUCUUAAAAAGUGGACAGAGCUGUGGUCCUGCCGUUGGGUUUUACUCUUUCACAGGACACAUGGGUUCUUCCAGUGAUUUACUGUCCUUUAUUUCUGCUUUCCUUUCUCUAAAAAGAGGACAUGGAUGUAAUCACUGGAUCAUAUAGUAAAUUCACUUGUGUGUAAACAAUUACUAUUAUUUACACAAUAAUAGUAUUUAUGUAUUACUAUAUAUUAUACUUUUAAGACAGAUACUGUUUCGCAAUUUUCUUUACAUCAACAAUGCUGUCUGAUCAUCAGCGAAACUCACUCUUUUUAAAAAUAAAUAAAUAAAUAAUAGUAAGUAAACCCUUUAAAUACCUUAACAAAUAUUACUGAUACAAACUGAAUGUUUAAAACUUGCAAAG